ACCCUCAGCCUUCAAUUGAGUGCUGCUUUCCCACUUUGGUGGUUGGUUUUCUGGAGAGUAAACAAAAUGAAGGAGAUGAAAAAAACUGGGAGGAUGAAUAGCCCAAAGAUGUGGAGUUUGUAAGAGUCUUAACUACCGGUCCAGCCAAGCGACAGAAUGAGAAGCCCCCUUCCACUGCUCUUUGUCCUUCUGGCACUGCUUGCUGUGUUUGCACGAGCUCAAGAUGCCCCAAAGGAGAGCCUGGUGGCCAAAGUGCAAGUCUUUGCCCAGCAAGCCAUCCAAAAGACCCAGGAGCGCUUCACCACCCUCCAAGAGUCGGAAGCAGCCCAGCAGGCCAGGGAAUGGAUCGCUAAUGGCUGGGCAAAUGCAGUUCAAUACUUUGGCCGUGUAAAGGAGAAGAUUACCACAUUUUUGAAGACGCCGGCGCCUGCAGCAUGAUGGAAUUCUGAUUCUACACAAUUCCAGGAGGAUCUCUCGCCUUUCCCAGUACAGCAGCAGGGUGCUAAAGUUGUCUAGUGAUAGGCAAGGAUUUCAACAUUUGCUACCAUUUCUCCUUUUCCCUGCCCUGCCUAGUCACUCCUUCAUUCCCUCCUUCCCUCAGACAUCUCAAUGUUCAUUAAGCAUGGCGCUUUCUCCCCAUUAAAUCUUGCAAACCCUUUGCAUGCUUGAGUUUCUUGCUGUGAACCAACAAAGCAAACUGGGCAGAGGUCUUGGUGGAGCAAGAGAGACA